CCCGAGGAUAUCAAUUCACUGUGUACCGCGAUCUCGCAGACAUAAUUUCCACAGACCUUAUUGCGAUCAAGUGAAAGAGAAAAAGUGAAAGAGAAAAAAAAAGCAGCACUCACCAUGGCGCAAGACCGCUCCAACCUCGCCUUCACCAUCACCCACAUGAACGCCAACCACCAAGAUUCCCUGGCGUCCUACCUGCAAGUCUACUGCCACGUCUCAUCUCGCGAGGCCAAAUCCGCCCGGCUCGAAGACAUCAGCUUGUCCGAUCUCCUCAUCAGUGCCAAUGGCACCCGUUACACGGUCCCUAUCGACCCGCCAAUGGAGAGUUUCUCCGAGUCGCGAACCCGCCUGGUGGCCAUGCACAAGGAGUGUCUGGAGCGACUAGGCCGGUCUGAUAUUACGAUCAAGGAGUACCGCCGCCCGGAGGGCAAGGAGCUCCUUAUUUUCGCCGUGUGUCUGGCUGGGCUGGUUGGGUUCUGCCGGCGCAGUAACUUCCUGCCCGGGUCACUGUUCUACGAGACGGUCGGGCUGAGCAGGGUUCCGGCGCUGGCGGAAUUAUUCUACAAGACGCAGCUGUUUGUGAUCACCACGCUGGCGGGAUCGCAUAUGGUCGAAGCUAGUCUGUUGACGGUGAAGCGGUUGAGACGGCAUGGAGUGCCGGUGCUGUCGUUGGUGUGGUGCGCGUGGGUGUUGAAUAAUUUGAUUGAGGGAUUUACAGUGUGGGCGCGAUUUGAUCGGAUGGUGAUGGAGGAGCGGGCGAAGAGAGAGCAUCGGAAGUAGAGGAUAGGAUAAUGUACCGAAUGGAUUAUACACUCCACCGCGUCUAAGAACAUCGAAAUCGAAC